AUGGCGACCGUUCGUAAAUUCUCCGCAGCAGUGCUCAAUCACCUGAAAAAGGAGCACCCAGAAAAUGCCUUUAAAGUUUCCUUUGUCAAUGGACAUUGGCGGCCAGCGCAAUUCAGUCUUCGCCGCCAAGCCGAUAUUCGCAAAGCCUGUAUGCUGACCAAAGUUGAUCCGAAAACCAUUGGGAUGCCGGCCUUGCCCAAGAAAAAGAAGAUGCAGAAGAAGCCCGCAAAGGGACAUAAGCAGCAGAGGACGUAUGCGGAGAAGCAGGCGAUGAUCCAGAAGAAUUUGGAGGAUAUGCCAGAGAAGAUUCGCAAGUGGAAGGAGGAGUUGGAGAAGGAGAAGGCAAAGACAAAGUCUACGUUGCCGUUCUAA